GGAGAACAAUACUAAGGAGUAAAGCCUUGUCUGGGCAACAACAAUACUAAGACCGAGCUUUGUCCCAAACAAUCGCAUCUACCUUAGUUGAGCAGCCUGCCCUCGCAUACUGGUAUCUCGUCUGUUCGAAACCGGCUUGAACUGCUCAGCAAAUGUUUGUUCAGAAUCGAGCUAGGCCUUCUGUCCUUUUGAGCACAAAGGUAUUCUUUCUCAAAUGGGACGGUCGAUGUUUUUAGCGUGUACCUAUAUCUUCAGCACGAGGCUGCGACGCUUUCUUGCAUGCAUUUACAACUAUCAAAACAUCGAUCCUCCUCUGGGCCUCUCUGGCCACCCUCACCACGGCUUUCCCGGGUCAGGGGCAACUAUUGCACCGUCCUGGAGGGGUUUCCAAUGAAGUUGGCCCUUCUAAUGUCAUGAAAGCAGGUGGUGAACAAGGAGGUAGCGGCGCUGCUGAUCACCAUGACCACGAAACUCAGGGCCAAGGCGCUGAUCAGGGACACGAAGGUCAAGGUCACAGAGGCCAGGGCCACGGAGGCCAAGGUCAAGGCAACCAUGCCCGAGACGAGGAUGGCAUGUCUAAGCAUAGAGGCAAAGAGGGUUUCCGCGAGAAAGACAUUGAUCACGACGAGCACCGAAAGGGGGGAAAUUUCGGUGGACCUGACAACCACCCACGCGACUUCCACCACUACGAUCCCGAAGAACAAGGUGACCACCACGCUGAAGGAUCCGACCAUGAGGGAUAUCACAAAGGACAGGCCUUCCACCAUGGUAACCAUCCUCGUGCCUUCCACGACGAUGAUCACGAGCACCAUGAACAUGGCGAUGACUUUGCCGACCCGAGAUUUCCUCACAUCUAUGCUCGUGGGACCCAGCUGGGUGUGUACGAGUGCAAGAAUCAGAACUGGAUCCUGCCAUGCAAGUGGACCCCUCUCACGGAUGGACAGUGCUAUAACCGGAUCUACGAUAGCUUUGGAUCCAUGGGACCGGAUAAAGGCCUUACAUGUACGAUCUAUGAGCAGCGCGACUGCAACGACAAGGGAUGGAACACGGCCACGGGAUUCCAUUGGCCCGGCCUCAAGAACUACCAGAAUGCGCGAAUUCUGGCCAAUGCUGGUAUGCAAACGGGUGGUGUCGUCAGCAUCAGAUGUAAAAGGAAUACUUGAGCUGUCAGAACCCAUGUCUAAGCUGUGACUGAGCCGCUGUGGACGCAUGGUGACUCGAAGGACAGGAUGACCGAGUAGUCCGGGUUCUUUAUGCCGGUCAGAUAGCCGGAUGGGUCUUGUAUGCUUGCCCUCGAUAGUAGUACUAAUGGAAUUAUUGAUAGAGCCUCGUGCUCCCAUCUCCUCGAA